CUAAAGACUCACAACAACCAAGUCCCACAGAGUUCAGAGGAUCUUAUUCACUGAAAAAAAGUGCAAAGAAUUGCAAAGGAAUAAGAACUGCAGCCUAAAGUAGCUCUGAUCUAUUAUACUUUAUAUAUUUUCUUAUUUGUCCUCCAAUGUUGGUCUGGUAAUUGAAAAAAGACUUAGAACGUGUCCUGUUGCAUUAGUGAUGUUUACAAUAUAUGAACUAUGUUUCUAUUAUUUUUCUCUCACAGUAAGCAGUCUUUCUGUAAGUGUUAAAAUACUGUAGCUAGGACUACAACACAGAAAAGUUGGCAACUGUGCUAAAAUGACUGACAGCUGUAGUCAAGAAAAGAUGAGAUGGAUUACAACAGUAAUUGUGAGCUCUUCUCUUCAGGGUCAUGAAAUUUCAAUGUCACUUCAAAACCAGAAGCACAGGAUUCGUUAUUCAGAUUCAGUGGAAGAUGGCUGCAUUAUUUUUUCUCUUUCUGGUGUUGCAUUUUUGUUGGCUGAUGCUCAAGGUGUGUUUGUCACAGACAGAGAAGUUUUCUUUGAAAGAAUAAAGAAGUUCAUGAGCAUUCAUAGGAAUGGAUUUUUGCUUUUGUCAGCUGCCCUUCAUGGACCAAAGGAAUGGGAUGUGAUGUUCAAAGUUCAGCAGAGGUUCUUAGGCAGUAAUUUACGGAUAAUCCCAGUCCAUAAUACUGCUGAAGCCAUCAAACUCAUGCUGACUAUAGCAAAGACCACUUCAAAACCACAUCUGGACAACAUUCGCUACAGAAUGUUAAUGGCAAAGUCACAAAUUGUAGAGCAAAGCCCUGUUUGGAAAAUGCUUCAUCAGCGCCAUCUGGACUGUAGUUUAAAUUAACACUACUUA